AUGUGCAUGAUGUUGGGAAAAUCUUCCAGUUGUAGAGCUUUUGACCAUCAGAACGCAAAAAAGAGCAAAAGAGCAAAAGAGCAAAAGAGCAAAAGAGCAAAAGAGCAAAAGAGCAAAAGAGCAAAAGAGCAAAAGAGCAAAAGAGCAAAAGAGCAAAAGAGCAAAAGAGCAAAAAAGCAAAAGAGCAAAAGAGCAAUAAUGCAAAAGAGCAAAAGUGCAAAAGUGCAAAAGUGCAAAAGUGCAAAAGUGCAAAAGUGCAAAAGUGCAAAAGUGCAAAAGUGCAAAAGUGCAAAAGUGCAAAAGUGCAAAAGCAGCAAAAGAAAACACAAAGAAGAAGUAGGAUCCUACUGA